AUGACACAACAGUUAAUGGUCCCGCGAUCCACACCCGCUAGAACUGAGCUGCCACCGCUGUGUUGGCUCCACUCAGUGGCCUCUCUCUGAUGGGCAUUGAGCCCCGGGAGAAAACGAGCCUCGGCGCUGCAAUUGUGUUAUUAUUGACCGGCGGUGAAGAAGCGGGUCGAUAAGUAGAUCAGAUUUAUUGACUUUCCGGAUUUGCUACACAAAUGUCAGAGAAGCCACAGUCUUCGGGACUGCACAGCGCGCAUCUCAUUUAGACGAAAGGAGCGCCAGACUGCGUGGCUACAAGUGCGCAAUUUCAAGUAGAAGGGAAAGUAAACCAGCAGCAUGGACCUGGUGAAUAUUGCAGUGUCCUUUCACAUCCUUCUAUGUCCUGCAUGGGCCUUAUCUCAUCACUCCUAUAUGAGCAGCAUCCUCUCAGCCCGCUCAGCCUUCAGGUUCCUGAGUGAGCCGAUGAGGUUUGACCCCUGUUGUCUCAUGUCACCUCCUCCACCACCGCUCUUCCCUCCUCCGCCUCAGCUUUGGAAGAGGGGCAGCCCUGACAGCAUCAGCCUGUUGGAGCCAGGUGUUUCUGAAGGAGAGGUGCAGAAAAAACCAAAGCCUGUGAUACCAGGAUGUUCACCUGGACCUCCAGGACCUCCAGGUCCACGUGGCCCAGAGGGUCAUAGUGGAUUGCCCGGCAUAAGAGGACCAAAGGGAGAGAAGGGAGAAAUUGGACGUCCAGGGUUAAAGGGUCGGACUGGAGCUCCAGGCCUGCCAGGCAAACAAGGACUUCCAGGAUGGCCUGGCCCACAGGGACCCAAGGGUGAGAAGGGUGAUCCAGGACUCAUGGGCUUACCAGGACUGAGGGGACCACCUGGAACAAAGGGUUUGCGUGGUCACAAAGGAGAGAAGGGAACUCGUGGUGAUCCCGGCCCAGCAGGCCCAAAAGGCGAUAAGGGUUCCAUCGGUUUGCCUGGGAUGCUUGGACAGAAGGGUGAGAAAGGGCCAAAGGGAGAGUCAGGAGCUCCAGGGAAGAGAGGACCGACUGGACGUCCAGGGAAGAGAGGCAAACAGGGCAUGAAGGGCCAGACUGGGUCCGCUGGAGUCAUGGGCCCUCCUGGACCUCCAGGUCCUAACGGCCACCCUGGGCCACCUGGUCCUCCUGCCUCAGGUCUCUAUUUAGUAGGGGAAAAGGGGGAGAAGGGUCUUCCUGGUCCACCAGGACGCUGUAACUGUGACGUGGCUCUUGGACCAAAUAAUGCCCCUUUUGGAAGUUACACACAACGGCCGGGCACCAAUAAAGUCACAGCAAUAUUUGUGGUAAACAGUGAGGAAGAGAUGGGCCGUCUGCAACUAGACAAUGCAAUAGCAUUCAGGAAGGAUCAGAGGAUGCUCUAUUUUAAAGAUAAAGAUGGAUGGAAGCCUAUACAGCCCUUCCAGCCAUUUCAGUCCACUGAGAAAGUCCCAGACAGAGUUGGCGUGUGCGGGGAUGGAAAAGUGCAAGCCCAGCAUGGAGAGGAGUGUGAUGAUGGAAACCAGAUUGUCACCGAUUCUUGUCUCAACUGUAAGUGGGCCUACUGUGGAGAUGGCUACAGGCACGAAGGCAUAGAGGAGUGUGAUGGAAAGGACUUUGGUUACCAGACCUGCAAGUCUUAUCUUCCCGGGUCUUUUGGGCAUCUCAGAUGCACUGACUCGUGCCUCAUUGAUUCUACUGGCUGCAAGUACUUCACCUGAAUUCAGAGGUUUGAAAACAGCCUCAGCAGAUCUUCGCAAAUUCUCUUUAGGAUCAUUGUGAUCAAAGGGAUUGUACUUCAGAUUUCAACUGAAGUCUCACCACUUAAAAAAAAUAAUAACUUACAGACUGAGAAAGAGUAGUUAAGGGAAGCUCUUGUGCCUGUUCUGAGCCACGAAAGGUCAUGGGAGGUGUAAUCUUUAACAGACCUCAGAGAACGGCUCUUUGCUAGUGUCACUUCAUCGGCUGCAGCACUGUUAUGGACACUGGAACUGGGGGAAACAUUUUAAUGAUUUAAUGUUUGUGUCAUAGAAAAUAGUUGUGUAUGACUUGCUGACUGUUAAUGCAGAAAUAAGCUGUGCUAUAAAGCACUUUUUAAUAUGAAAAAGAGGCAGUGAUAUUAUAGAUAUAUGUACUGUAGUAUACAAAUCAGGGGUAUGUAAGUAUGUCUAUUCAUGUGCAAUAUAAUACAAAAAAUGCAGUAUAUUCGUGAAGUUCAAUGUUGUUAUAUUGCAUGUAAAAUUUUUAUUUAUUUAGUUAUUUAUUUUUAGUGCAUGACAUACUGCUUUAACCAUUGCUGUAAAUGUACAAGCCAAAGUGUGGCCUUUUACAAACGAAUGUUCAAAUGACUCAGAUGGAAGAGAUGGAAAAUUAAUGUCAUAUUUUUGCAACAAUGGCAAAAAAAAAAGAGUAAAAUUUUUGAUUAUUGCAGCAGCAUGUGGAUUAUACAUCAAAUGAAUCCAAAAAUGAAUUCAGUAAAUUGUAAUUAGAAGAUAAUCUGCCUGCAUGACUGUACACU